AUGGCCACUUACGAGUUUAAAGACUUUACCUUCCUUUGUGGGCACAAUAACAGUGGCCUCUUUGGCGCAGUUGCAGGUGUUCUUGGCAUUGGCUUAAGCAACGACUCUUUAAUCUCUCAAACUUCCACAAAUUUUAUUCUCUUGUUCUGCUACUGUCUUCCUCCCACAGAGGCCUCUUCUGGGUUUCUCGUUUUUGGCACCACAGCAGCGUUGACUUGCCUGCCUCGAAUCAGCAAGCCACUAAUUAGCGACCCACAAGGAUACAAUCCUUACUCUGUUAACCUUGUUGGCAUCACAAUCGGGCAAAGGACCCUGCAAAUAUAUUCAAACGACGCCGCAUCAGUGCGAAACAUUGUUAUUGACUCUGGAACCCGCAUCACUCGGUUGCCUGCAACAGUUUAUUCAGAACUUCGCUCUGUAUUCAACGAAUUCAUGGCGGAAUUUCCAGUUGCUCCGCCGUAUGGGAAGAUGGAUACGUGCUAUAAUCUUGCGUGGUACGAUCUGAGCAGUGUGGUAUCGUCCAUGAUUCUGCAUUUUGAAAAUUCUGUAGACUUGAAUUUGGAUCAUGAUUCUGUUGUGUUGAGUGAGAGCGAGUCUCAAGUCUGUUUGGCUUUCGCUGAAGAUACUGAAACAAUUAUUGGGAAUCAUCAACAACGGAAUGUGAAUAUUCUUUAUGACAUAGUAGAUGAGAUACUGGGAUUUUCUAGGGGUUCUUGCGGCAGUUAA